GUUGUUUAGUUCUGCUGAAGCUGUGUUCUCCCACUGCAAAACAGAGCAUCAGUUUGAUGUUAGUGAUGUGAUCCAGAAACAUGGACUCGAUUUUUAUGGGUACAUUAAACUAAUAAACUUUGCCAGAUUAAAGAGACCAACUGCAGCAUAUUUGAGUUCUCUCAGCAGCCCACUGCCUUGGGAAGGAGAGGAAUAUUUGAAACCAGAACUUGAAGAUGAUCUCCUUCUUCAGUUUGACAUAGAAGAUCUUUGUGAGCCUGUGAAAGUUUUGCCUUCUAAUGGCUUAAGUGACACCAUGGUGCUCCUGGAACAGUUAAAGCAUGCAGAACAGAGAGCCAGAGCCGCAGAAGCAGCCUUGGCUAGGGCACAGGAUGACCUUCAGAAGAUGAAGCAGUUUGCUCAGGACUUUGUGAUGAGCGCGGAUGUCAGGAGCGGCCCGCCGUGCAGCGCCAUCGCAGAGCUGCAGGAGGAUGAGGAUGGCGUUUACUUCAGCUCCUAUGGGCACUACAGCAUACACGAGGAGAUGCUGAAGGAUAAAGUCCGUACGGAGAGCUACCGGGACUUCAUCUACCAAAACCCACACAUCUUCAAGGACAAGGUGGUUUUGGAUGUUGGCUGUGGAACUGGAAUUCUCUCCAUGUUUGCUGCCAGAGCGGGUGCCAAGAAAGUGAUUGGAGUUGACCAAUCUGAAAUCAUCUAUCAGGCCAUGGACAUCAUUAGAUUAAAUAAACUUGAAAAGAUUAUUACAUUAGUCAAAGGAAGAAUCGAGGAAGUUGAUCUGCCUUUGGAAAAAGUGGAUGUAAUUAUAUCUGAGUGGAUGGGUUAUUUCCUUCUCUUUGAGUCAAUGCUGGAUUCUGUCAUCUAUGCCAAGGACAAGUACCUGGCAGAGGGAGGCUCAGUUUAUCCUGACUUGUGCACCAUCAGUCUGGUGGCUGUUGGGGAUAUGAAUAAACACGUGGACAAGCUGCUUUUCUGGGAAGAUGUGUAUGGCUUUGACAUGUCUUGUAUGAAGAAAGCUGUCAUUCCAGAAGCUGUUGUGGAGGUGCUGGAUCCAAACACACUGAUAUCUACAGCCAGUGUCAUUAAGCAUAUUGACUGCAAUACUGCAUCCACUCCAGACUUGGAAUUCUCUUCAGAUUUCACCCUGAGCAUUACAAUGAGCACACAGUGUACGCAUUUCCCCUGGGAGUCCAUCAAGGUUGAUCUUUCCUAGCUGAAUAGCAAUAUCCCCUGAGAGGAAAAUGGCAGUAUCUCUUCAUUGCUCCCAGGAGAUUUUGUCAAAGAGCAGGGUAUGUGUGUAUAAAAAGUGGGAGGGAGGAAGGGGCUGAAGGAAGGAUAAUGAACUAGAGGACGUGACUGAUGUGUUAAAACCUUCAAGAGGAAAAAGGAAGUUGAGUUGACUAGAGAAAAUAAUUCUGACUAAGGAAAAAAAAUCUUAAGUGUUUGGCAGUUUCAUUUCUUAAUAUCAGGUCUUCCAUUUGGGACCCUACUAGAAGUAUUACCAUAUGAAUCUUUGGUUCCAACCUUAGGUGAGAAACUAAAUUUAUUAAGCUAAGGUUGGAAAUUGGUGUGGGUACCACAGUUAAAUCCACCUUGAGUGCCUGAUUUCUGAGUAAAGGAAAUACUGCUCUACCAUGUUACAAAGCAGGUUUUAUCCUUCUCAUCUCUUUACUUUCUCUGCAGUGACAUCCAGAUUAUUAAUCUUUAAAGCACAAAAUUGCUGGGUUUUAAUUGCCAGGGGUUUCUUUUCCCCGUGAUAAAAGCGCAGCAGCUCUGCUGCAUGGAUGACAAACAUUCCAUCUCCAUGCUUGGAUAAACUCCAUCAAAAGCACAUUAUCUCCCACUUCUGUGGCCAGCUGUCUAAUUGUAUUUGUUGUAGCCACUCACUGUUGGAACAUGAUACUGGUGAGGAGCAAGAAUGAUAAAUUACUCACUGUAGGUGAUAGUGAUGAUGAUAAUUUUUAAUUUCCUUGUUCCUAAGUGAAUUGGUAAGGCUGCCUUUGAGUUCUCGUAAGAAAAGGAGCAGUCUCAUUUGUUUUGUCCUGUUAAAAUGCUGCAUGUACAGCCAGCCAUUUUCUUGAGGAAAAAAGCCUUAGUAUUCAGAUGUAUUUGAAUUAAAAUUUAGAUUUUUCUUUGCAUUUCAGCUAAAGGCUCUGAGUUGAAGAUUGUAAAUAAUGCAUACUCAUUUACUGUAUGUUAAAGCUUUUUCUGGUUUUAUUAUAUUUGGCACAUGUUACGUGAAUAAAUGGGGAGAAAAAUAGUCUUGAAAUCAUUUCUUUGAGAGAGAAGAAAACCAGUGUGAAGACAAGUGAAUCUUACUGGGAGGGCCUGCUUAAAUUACAGGUUUGUCAUGUGUUUGCAUGGACACUUUAGAAACCCUCAGUAAUGAAUGAAGACCUUAAGCUACGUGAACUCUUCAUCAAAAUGGUGGCUUGACAAAAUCAAGCAGCAGUUUGUGGCUGCUAUUUUACUUUGAGGAAUAUUUUAUUCCUAGCUUUUGAACUCUUUGUUGACCUUUGUAGGAUGUUGCUCUGCGGCCUCAGUAAUGUAUAAUGUAUAUAUAUUAAUGUACAUCUAAUCCUUAAUGUUUCCUUCAUUCCUUAUUUGGCCAUCUUAGUUCCUGGCUAAAUACAUUGGCUUUGUUUUGGAGUUUUUGUCCUCAUAGCUUGCCUUUUCUCCUGGCAAGUUAUUUGAGAACAGGAAGAAUAAUAUUUUGGUAGUGUUUUCUGAUAUUUACUGUCCUUUGAGGCUCGAGCAUGUGUCAGGCUGGAGUUGUAAUUAUUUAUUACCAGUUUAGAAGUCAUUUUUUUGUUUUCCUCUUUCAUGGUAUUCAGGAGACUGGCACUUGAAAGAUUUUUCCAAAGAAGGUUUAAAUUCUUACUGAUAGUUGUAGGUGAAGUUGUAAAUGAGCUGUCACAGGUGUCACAAAAAGAUGAGAGAAAUUGCAGUAGGAGAAAAAACAGCUAUCAUUCUGCUUAAAAAAAAUAAAAAACAAGAGGAAAAAGAAUCCAAGGCAGUAGAUGUAAAGCAUCAUUUAUGGAGAAGUUAUUUUUCUUUAGCUUGACUUUUAAAAAAGAUGUUUAGUUUGACUUGUAAAAAAGAUGUUUAAUGAAAGUCUGGCCAGCCCUAUAUUUCAUUUUAAUAUGCAUGUGUCUGUGAUUGCUUCUAAGGUGAUUUUUUUUUUCCUUAUAUUUUGCUGCAUGUGAUAAAUUGCACAACAAGAGGGGAGGACUGACUCUUACUUCAAGUAGCAGAUAUUGGAAAUCUCUUUCUUUGUAGUAUUGCAUAUGUAAUAGAUGCUUGUGAUUAUUAUAGCUGCUGUAAUUUGGGAUACUGUUCAAAAGUCAAUGAAAGGAAAAUAUUUUGAACUUUUUCAGAAGUAUUUCUCUGAAAUGCACUUAAACAUAAAAGAUACAUAAUUGUACAUUUCAACAUGAACAUCAACAAGUUACAGAAAGAAAGAAGGGAAGGUAUAAAUUCCUUAAAAGAAGAUAGUAAGCAAACCCACAAUAUUGUAGCUAGUUUUUUGUUAUCAAGUAUUUCAGCUUUGGUUUGUGUCAGUUUUUAGCAACACAUCAGUUUCUGAAGUGGUGCAGGGUUUACAUAGCACAGCUUGAGAGUGGCAGUGAUAGUUUUGGUUUAGGGGUUUUUGGACUCCCUGUGAUGCUAUCAGAUUUUAGUUUUGCACAGCUCUCUCAGGGAAGGCUGAGCCAUUGGCUCAGUUGGUCAGAGCACAGUGCUCACAAUGCCAGGGUUGAGGCGUUAAUCCCACCUGGGCCAUGAGCUCAGUGAUCCUUGGGAGUCCCUUGCAACCCAGAAUAUUCUGUGACUCCCACUGCUUUGUGUAAAAGCAGAAAUUCUAAUGGUUUGCAUCAAGCUUUUUGCAGAACGCUGAGAGGACAAAUAAUUAGAGCUGUGUUGUGCCUCUGUGCCCUUUGAUGCUUUUCUGGAGGCAUACAUAGAAUUCUUUAAUUAGAAAAGACCUUCAAGAUGAUUGAGUCCAACCUGUAACCCAGCACUUCUGAGUGCAGCCCUAAUCCAUGUCCCCAGGUGCCACAUUGACAUGACUUCAGUCCCUCCAGGGAUGGUGCCUCCACUGCCCAGUUUGAACUGAGAAACUUCUGAGGAAUUCCCAGAGCUGUUCACAGGAGCAUAUCCUCAGGAACUUGAGCAAUAAUAUUUUUCUAUUUUUGGUUUCUUCAGGCUCAACAAAUAUUUCAGUGUUCAAUAUUGAAGGACAUCUAUCCAUUUUAGAACAUAACAAGAAGAAAUUAAUGGGUCAAUGUAGAGCUCUUGUUCUCUGUAAUCCCUGGAGCUCUGAUUAAGGUGAUUUUUGUGAUGUGUAAUAAUUAUUAUUAGUACUCUGGAUUAGCUAUUCGGAGUCAGUAUUUCGGGUUGUUUCAGAUGGGGAAACCACUGAUACUGUAAAGAGUGAAAUAGUUAUUUAUCUAGUAAUUUACAAAAGGUACAAAUCCUGUUUCCCUUAACACAGCAGAGGCAGCAGGGAACAUUUUCUUUGCUUGUAACUUUUCAACCUGAACUUGACCCCAGAAAAUAUUCUCUGGAGCCUUUUCUCAGGGUAGCACGUAGGGUGUUUCUGUCACCUCUUGUUAUCAAGUGUAUGGAUAUUUACAUCCACCUUGGCUAGGUCUGUCUGCUGGAGCUCUUGGCUUUUUGAUCCAAGAUGUAGCUGGAUUGGCUCAUUUUCUCUGGAAGCCAGAUUUAUUUUUUUUUCUCCUUGAUUUGUUUUUGGUGUCACAACUUUGUUCUCCUGCAGUAAUCACAUCCUAAUUCUUAUUUGUAAGUAUACCAGCAGUAUUGAGCUGAUGGUUGAAAAAUAUUUUCUAUGACUUGCUAGAUCUCUGACUAAUGUCCAGAAAAGAUUGUGCAUCAAUAAAAGUAGUCUGAUGGGUCAAUAGAACUUUGUCAAAACCUUCUCAGUCUUUACUCAAAAGGCAUAUUAGAGACAAGGCUUUAAUUCACUUAGGAAUGAGAUUCUCAGAGUGAGUGAUAGGACUUUACUGAAGGGCAGGAAGAGUUGCUCUUUCCACUGUCUGGUGCUCAUUUGUCAUGGAGAGCUCUCAGUGUCUCCAUGGCUUGUUUUGUAUUUUAAUCCUUUAGCCACAUUGGAGUUUGGAACUUGCCAGGCUUGUCUGGAGUGCCCAUUGUUGAAAAGCAGCUACUUUAGCACAGUUUUACUGGUUUAAUGUAUUUAAUUCUUCAUUGUGUUGGCAACAUCUGCUUUGGAUUUAGACUAGAGAGGAAAAAUACCAGAAUGACUUCUUCAUAUUAUAUAUUAUAUAGUGAUAAAACCCUAUUCCCUAAUUCUGUAAACAUGUUUUACUUUUUUUCCCAUCACUAUGUUGUGUGAAUCUGUAUGAAGGGUGUGCUAUAGAAACUGUCCUUUUUAGCUCUUCAGAACAAGCAGUUUCCUGGUGCUGGCCUAGGAGAAGAGCCUUGGUGCAGUGAGAGAGAGGUUCCAGUGGGUUGUUGGCAGUGAGUUUUCAUGGGACAGGCUGGCCAUCAUUGCACUGGUGCAUCCUUCCUUUGGAU